GGUGCUGCUCUCCAGCAGGCCCCGGGCGCUGCCAGGUGAGGAGGACGGUAGGCGGGCCUGUGCCCUGACCUCUCAGGCCGGAGGCGGCGCCCAGGGAGGCCUUCUUCAGCGGCAAGUGGGAGCAGCUGUCCUGGGGCAGGCUUAAAGCCAGGCCCGGGCAGGGGUGGGUGUGGCCGUGCGCAGCAGGAGUCCGGCCAGCCCUCCGACCUGCCCAUGUGGCCCUUCCUGAGCCAUGCUCUCUUCCCGCCGCCUACUGAGGCCUGGCUCCAGGCGGCCUCCUCGGACCCCGAGGCCCAGGGCUGGGGGGCCUGCAGCAGGCCUGAGAAGACCCCUCUGGAGUCAGGGGGUGGGGGUGGGCAGGGGGAGCGGCGGGGAGAGGCCGAGGAGGACGACAGAGACGCCAGCUUCUUGUUGUCCUUGCUGGAGCCGGGGAGCCGGGCCGAGAGCCCAGGGCCGGACCAGGAGCUGGAGGCCAUCAAGCUGAAGCUAUGGGCCCUGGAGCAGGUGAAGCAGCGGCCGGAGCCACCCAGCAUCCAGGGCAGGACCAGGGCAGAGGACGGCACAGGGACUGGGCGGCUGCUAAGCAGCCCUGGGACCACAGGCUGCCCCUUCCCUGGGACCCCCAAGGAGAAGGUGGAGGCUGACCACAGAUCCAUCUACGUGGGCAACGUGGACUAUGGGGGCACGGCCAGGGAGCUGGAGGCCCACUUCCACCACUGCGGCCAGGUCCACCGUGUCACCAUCCUGUGCGACAAGUUCUCGGGACACCCCAAGGGCUAUGCCUACAUAGAGUUCGCCACCAAGAGCUCAGCCCAGGCUGCCAUGGAGCUGGACGAGAGCGUCUUCCGGGGCCGGGUCAUCAAGGUGCUGCCCAAGAGGACCAACUUCCCAGGGAUCAGCUCCACAGACCGUGGGGGCCUGCGGGGGCCCUCGGCCUCCAGGGCGGCCGCCUUCCUGUGCAGUGACCUCCAGUGCCGGUCCCGGUUCAGACCUCGUGGGCAGCACUGGGCCCAUGGAAGAGCCUCUCCGCGCUUCUCGCCGUACUGAAGGCACGGCGUUUUGAGAGGGGUGCAGUCAGGGAGAUAGCCAAGUUUCCCUGGGGGAUACCUGUUCCAGAUGGCCAGGUCUGUGUGGCUGGACCGUCCACCAGGGUGGUCUGGACCCCACGGCCACUGCCACAAAUUACACAGUCAGCCAGGGGGUGGCAGCCUGGAGCUCUGGAGAUGUGGGUGGGGAGCAGGAGGAGGGGCAGGCAUCCCUGGGGCUGGGAUGGGAUGACUUGGUUCUUCAACAGAUAGUUUUAAAGAAAAAGAGAAACCUGUGUGUCUUAGA